AUGGCCCUCUGGAGAGUGAGGAGGGCUCCUUCUCAUUACCCCUUAACUAGCUUGGUGUUUGCUGACCUGAUGGUAGGAUUGAUGGUUCAACCGUUAGCUGCUGCAAGGGAGCUUUUUGUGUUUAACCUAAAUCGUAUAAUCUGCGCAUGUUGGAGCACAUUAGAUGUGUUAUGCUGCACAGCAUCCAUCCUCUCGCUGUGCGCUUUGGGCUGGGAGCGGUGGUCUGGUAUCACGGCUCCUCUAGCUAGAGCCCGGCGAGCGAGAAGGGCCAGGCUACUUGCGGUGCUAGUGUGGCCAGUCGCUGCGAUAGUGGCCUUGCCUAACGCCUUUAUACCCUCCCCAAAACACUUUCAUCCCGGUGAAAUGGAAAAGGCUUGUUCUGUUAAUAUUAAUACUGGAUACGUGUUCUUCAGCAUAACAUUUUCGUUCUAUAUACCAGCGAGCAUGUUAGUGACGAUGUAUGGUUACAUACUGCGGGCACUGUCUGCUCCCCCUCCGAUACGCGCCCACCGCGGCCGCACACCUUGCCCUAGCAGACACCUUUCAUCAGUAAAUCCUAUGACAAAAUGUGCACCCUCAAAUUCUGAAGACACCAAUAACAACCAAAACCAAAAUUCACCAAUGAAUAUAUCCCUCAAAGGACAAAAAUUAAACGUCCCAACUACAAACAUGGCUUGCACUGCUUCGACUACAGGAAAAUGCAGUCAUCAUGAAAGUUUCAUCGACCGUCAGCGUCGUGCAACACGAACAAUUGUAAUGUUGAUGGCCCUGUUUCUCAUCUGUUGGACGCCUUAUUUUGUAAUACUGCCUUUAGAUUCUCUCUACGACUGUAUUUGGGAGACGACAUGGCAGUGGUGUACUUGGCUGGGCUAUAUUAACUCGGCGUUAAACCCGCUCGUGUAUGCGGCCGCAUCCCCCAGUGUGAGGAGGGCCUUACAUACAUCGUUGACGAGCUCUGGGUCUCGAAAAGUUGAUAUUCCUUUGACCGUCAGAAGAGGA